AUGUCUUCACCAGCCCGAAGCCGUGUGUCACCUACCCGGACCAGGAACCGCAACUCGGGCGUGCCGCCUGGUUUUCUUGCGCCACCCAAGCCGCGCAGGAUUGACCAGAUGACCACGCGCGAGCUGCACGAUUUGUACAACCGGAAUGCGAAGGCUCUAGCAGAACCGACCGCCUCUUCUUCCACCUAUGCACAGCGGAUGAACGCCGAGCAGGCCGCAAUCGAAGCCCGAUUGGUUGAAUUGGUGGGAGUGCAGGCAAUACAAGACAGGCUUCAACGGACCAAGAUCGAGGAUGACCCUGAACCUAUGACCAUCGAUGCAAGUGCUCAACGGCCAACACCAACGUACCGUCCCAUUACCGCCAAGCAGAGAGCUUUGGCCGGAUACUUGCCUCAGCCCAAUGGCGCCCAUUCUGACUUCACGUUGGAGGAGGCGAUACGGCUUGAGCAGGAGGGCCAUGCGCUGAACCUCAAACGGCAGCAGGAGCACAUUGAACGAAAGCGACGGCAAGGUCUGCCCAUCAAGGGCGAGUCGGAGACGCGAGCACAGAUGGAAGCUCGUAUGUGGGCAUUUAUGAACCACAAACCCACUGAAUCUGACAUGGAGGGUGACGACUCCUCCUCGGACGACGACGAUCCAUCUACAUGGUUUGAAGACAAUCAAGAUGACGGUCGGAAGGGCCAGGAUAUUGUAUAUCCAGACGAAGAAGACUAUUCAAAGGUAAUACGGGUGGACGAGAGUAAGAUACGUUGCUACUCCGACUGGUAA